ACGGACAGGCUGGGCUUCAGGGGGGAAGCUGCCCACCCUCUCUGAUCUUGGUUUCCCUUCCAUAAAAUGGGCACGGGCAGCGGGAUGGCCUGGUUCCCAGCUGCGUUUUGAGGGUCCCGGGGCCGGGAUCACCCGUGGGGGCGCGGUGUGCAGAGCCCCACGCGCGGGGCGCGGGGCGUUCCGCGGGGAUGGCUGUGGCCACCGCCCAGCCGCAGCAGCGACGCUGACUCGGGCGCCCGGCCGGGCGGGGACGCAGGCGGGGGCGGCCGGGCGGCGGGCGGGGAUCCCCCGGUGGCGCAAGGAAGUCCCCGCGCGCGGGUACAAGAGCGCGGGCGCGAGCGAGGCAGCAGCACCUCCAGCCAUGUCGCGCGGCCUCCAGCUCCUGCUCCUGAGCUGCGCCUGCAGCCUGGCGCCCGCCACGCGAGAGGUGAAGGUGGCCUGCUCCGGGACGGUGGACCUGCCCUGCCCCGCGCCUUGGGACCCGCGGGUCCCCUACGAGGUGUCCUGGGCCAAGCUCACUGAGGGUGGUGAGGAGAGCCUGGACUCGCCCCAGGAAGCUCUGCACCUCAGUGGACAGAGCUAUCAUCAGAGGAGGCAGAACAAGUCUUCUGAGGUCCCUGAAGGAAAGCCAUAUGCUCUGAAGAUCCAGAACACUACCAGCUGCAGCUCGGGGACAUACAGGUGCACUCUGCAGGAGCUGGGAGGGCACAGAAACCUCAGUGGCGUGGUGACUUUGAAAGUGACAGGAUGCUUUGAGGUACCCAAAGAAACCACUUUCAAGAAAUAUAGAGCUGAGAUUGUCCUGCUCUUCUCGCUUGUCAUUUUCUACUUAACACUCAUCAUUUUCACCUGCAAGUUUGCACGGCUGCAGAGUAUUUUUCCAGAUUUUUCUAAACCUGGAAUGGAACGAGCUUUUCUCCCAGUCACCUCCCCCAAUAAACAUUUGGGGCCAGUGACUCUUCACAAGACAGAAGUGGUGUGAACAGGAUUUCUGCUGUUUUUCUAAAGUCAAGGGCUCAGUGGCAUGCCUAGAUACCACAUUGGACAAGAGAAGAAUGAGCCCCACCUUGAAGAUGAUGCCGCCCUGCCUGUGAGGUCCUUCACCUGAUUGAGAACACCUGAAGUGGAUCCCACCCCAUUGUCUGCUUGCAGGGUCUUGAAAACCAUCACAUGAUCACAUAGCAUGGGGCCAUUGCUACUUUUCCAUGGCUGCCAUCUUGGCAUUUUAUGCAGCUAUCUGGUCAACCUCUUGAACACUUUUUCAGUCGUAUAAAAGCUAUAGUGAGAUGCAGUUGGAAAAGGGUCUGAGGAAAUUUGAAUUCCCAGAGCUGGCCCUGUGUCUGACUCCUGAGGUCAGCCUUCUUCUUGCACAUCUGGAAAACAUCUCUUUGAAUUUGCCGUGUUUUGUUGCACCAGCCCAGAUGUGUUAUAUCUGAGAAAGAUUGACAGGCUAAGCUGUGAGACAGUGAGAAAUAUUUAGCAAAUAAUUUCCUGGUGUGAAGGUUCUGCUAUCACUAAGGAUGAUUAUGUGUAUAUAGAAGUGAAAGGUCAAUGGACUGGUCCCCAACAAGGCCUUUACAUCUGGGAAAGACAUCCAUAAAGAAGCAAUAAAGAAGAGUGCCACAUUUAUUUUUAUAUCUAUGUAUACUUAUCAAAGAAGGAUUUGUGUUUUUCUUCUUUUGAAAUCUAGAUCUUGUCGGAUAGCAUUGCUAACUGACAAGCAGUUAGGAUAUGGAGAGUGAGAAGAAUUCAGAGAAUGACAGUAGGAUAGAAAGGAUAGAGCACUACUGAGUAAUCCCUGUUGGGAUUACUAGACCACCCAUGCCAUUUGAUUCUCACCCUAGGUGUCCCAUUACCUAGCUGUAUGAGUUUGGACAAGCUGUCUAUGGUUUCUUCAUUCUCAGUUGUAAAGUAGGAGGCUGUUGUGUGGGUUGAUUAAACUGAUAUACGAGAACAUGCUUUGAAAAGGCGUAAAGCACUAUACAAAUUCAGCACUCCAUUGGGUCAUAAUCCUUGCUAUUACUGUGAUGUAUAUCUUGUGUUUUCCAUCAUUCAAAACAAAGAAGGCUACGAAGAGAAUAUUCUUGGAGUCUUCCCCAUGGAUUCCUUUGUCUGUACCAGUAUUAGAGAGUGAAGAGAAUACUGAGUUGAUUUAGUGCUUUUUGUCUCUUUGUCAUCACUUUCCUGGUAUUAAAGGUAUGCAUGCGAAUA